UCCUCUGCACAGUCCAGGGAGGAAGAAGUAGAAGAGGAGGAGGAGGAGGCGCGUGCCUGGGGGAAGGAAGCCUUCUUCCCCUCCUCCUUCCUUUCUCCUUCCUCCUCUUCUUUCUUCCUGCAGCUGCUGCUGCCGCCGCCGCCGCCUCCCUCCCGCUGUUUUUGCCGCAGAAAGGAGGCGAGGAGGGCUGGCUGCAGAGGCGGCUCGGCGGAGGCUCUCUGGCAGGACCGGGGGCCACCGUUGGCCCUGCAAUGGAGGCCUCUGCCAGCGAGCAGCAGCAGCAGCAGCGCUAUGCCGAGCUCUUCUGCCUUUGCGGCGGAGGCGGCGGCAACGCAGCGGGGUCCGAGGCAGGCGCCUCCGGCAGCAAGGUGGCCGAGCUGUUCCGGGCGUCGCAGCUCCCUCCCGAGGCUCUCCUCCAGAUUACAGAACUUUGUGGUGCUAAACGUGUGGGUUAUUUUGGUCGAACUCAAUUUUAUGUCGCUCUGAAGCUAAUAGCUGCUGCACAAUCUGGUCUACCAAUACGAAUAGAGAGCAUUCAGAAUGAAUUGCCUUUGCCUCGAUUUAUGGCCUUGAAAACAGAUAGUGAAACAAGGUACAGUCAUCAGACAGAAGCCCCGGGAACUAAAUUUCAGAUUCCUCAUGCAACACUUGAAAAAAACUGCUUCAGAAGGUUGGAUGAAGGAGAGAAGCAGCAAGAAACACAGUCUCCCCCCAUGUCUCCCAUUGGCUCACCCCCUGCUUCUCCAUCCAGCUACCAACGGAUGCCCCUGAGUUACGGCUAUGGCAUAUUGAGAAGUGGAGUGGAGCAGCAGCAAGGAGGUUCCUACGAAGCUAGAAUUCUUACUCAGCAACAAGAUGGACCAACAUCAGGAAACUAUGGCUCCAAAUCCCUACCAGCACAUUCCAGUCUUGUUCGGUCUCUUUCAGUCGAGAGGGAACCACAGGACAGCAGUAGUAACUACCCGGAUGACCCCUGGAGGAUCACAGAGGAACAACGGGAAUAUUACAUCAACCAGUUCAAGUCCCUACAACCUGAUCUGAAUUCUUUCAUUUCAGGCUCUGUAGCUAAGAACUUCUUCACAAAAUCCAAGCUUCCAAUUCCUGAGCUUUCACAUAUAUGGGAACUUAGUGACGUAGACCGUGAUGGAGCAUUGACGUUAGCAGAGUUCUGUGCUGCCUUCCACCUCGUUGUUGCACGGAAGAAUGGUUAUCUUUUGCCAGACACCUUGCCAGAGACGCUGCUCCCUGACUAUCUUCAAGCAGGAUCUUUUAAAUCUAAAAGUGAUCGUGUGGUGACUUCUUAUUCAGAAUCUUUGUCAAUAAGUCAACAAACAAGGGACUUUGGUAGAACCGAGCUUGAAACUGUCUGCGAGGAUCCAAACAAUUCAGAACCAUUGAUCCAUUUUGAGGCAGCAUCUCUUGAGCCAGAAACACCACUUGAAGAGGUGUCUGAUAAAGUUCCUUUGACACAGGACACAAUUAAGGAUGACAAACAAGGUGUGAAAAUCAGCACAUCUGCCCAAGCAGUACCAAAGGAGUUUAAAGUAUCUCAACAUGUGGCCAUUAAGACAGUUGCUCAGGAAUCAAACACAAUGAAAGCAAGACCACGGUCCAGGUCUUAUUCUAGCACAUCUAUUGAGGAUGCCGUGAAAAAGGGGGGAGAACCACCAACUCCUCCACCAAGGCCACAGAAAUCCCAUUCCAGAGCAUCCUCCUUAGAUCUAAAUAAAAUCUUCCAGCAAAAUACUCAAGCACUUAGAGCAGGUUGGGUACCACCACCACCACCACCUGCUUUACCCCCAAGACCUUUUGCAUCACAGGUUUGUCACCCUAACACAAAUGCAGAAUCAAAUUCUCAGCCCAAAUCAAGCUACGGAGACUUCAGACUUCAAGAACAGAUGGAACAAGAAUCUGAGGCAGAAGUACAUUUGCCACUGAGUAGAGCUUCAUCACAAGCAGAAGAAAAUAGCCCAAUAAAGAAGGAGGUUUUGCUCACUCAGCCACCAUCCAAACCGAUCCGCAGGAAAUUUCAUCCUGAAAGUCAGAUGCUGGAGAAUCAGGAAGUUUCUCCCACAAAAAGUGUAGCCUCUUCUUUACCGGCCAUCAAGUCUCACCAUUCGAUCCCAAAACAGUCUUCAAAACAGAAGAAAGCUAUUCAGACUGCUAUUCGUAAAAACAAAGAAGCCAAUGCAGUGCUAGCUCGGUUGAAUAGUGAACUCCAACAGCAGCUGAAGGAAGUUCACAGAGAACGGACUGCACUGGAAAGUCAGCUGGAGCAACUCCGGCCUGUAACUGUCUUAUGACAUACUGUAACAGAACGUUUGGUUCCCAGGAACUUCUAGACUUUAUCCGCACAACGUAUUGGCAUAACCUUUUCCCACUAAGGCAACAACAUGUGGACAAAAGUGACUGCCGUAUUUCUUUCACAUUUCUUGCACCUGUUUACUAUGUGAAUGAAGAAGUAUACAAUCUGAAUGUCAUAUCUUUUCCCUAGAAAAAUAAAACUUGUGUUCCCUAAUCCUUCUUCAGGAAUGCCUUAGGCAAAUUUCAUCUCUCAUUAUUAUGUUUUUUAAAAAAUUCCUUUAAUUAUUGUUUAUAUGCAGGUUGUGGCAUUUAAAUAUAUAGUAUAUAUUUGUAGGAAAUGUGUUUAUAUUUAUUUUCAUAUCAUAGUUAUCUGUGGUUUUCCAUGUUAGUUUUAGAAUAAAUCAAUGGAGCAUCACAGUGCUUUGUGUGUGACAUUCCCUCUCCCCUUCCUUUUAUGAUAACUGGUCAUUGCUGGAUAUAAUACACAAUUGUUCCUGUAUUAGGGCACUACAUGUACAGACUUGCUCUGUGAUCCUUCAGAUGGUAGCCUGCAACUUUCAUCAAACCUAGGUAUCAUAGACAAUAAUGAGGAAAAUUACAGUUUAAUAAUAUGUUGAUGCCACAGGCUACUGCUGGACACUAAUUCUCAUUUAUGCCUACAUAGCCCAUUUGUUCAGUUAAUAUUGGACAGAAUAGAGAGCAGCUCUGUGCCAGUCCUGGUUGGGGACAUUUACAAUUGCUCCAGCCUUACAACAGCCUUGAUGGUGGAUGUACUGCCUCCAGUCCUUGUGGGACAGUACAUCUAUAAGCUAUAGACUACGUUCCUGGGCUUCAAUUGGUCUAAUCUUCCUGCACUUGACAGGUAAGUCCCCUCGCACCAGUAUUCAUUGGUGCUUUUGCUGCUGCUACUACAAUAGCACCCUGAAAUGAAUGUAUCUUGGGAUGGUCAAAUGUAGAGAAUGUGCCAUAGUUGAUAGAAAGCAAUCUCACCCUACUGCUAAUCUAUGCAAUCCUUGGGAGUACUAGUGCAAUGUUUUUUGUGUCCCAGGGGCUGUGAACUGCUUCUCGUGUCAGUGGUGGGUUUUUUCUUAAAUGCUAUCAAGUGAUCAUAAUAAUUAAACACAAAAUUUAAAGACUUGUUGCUUUCAAUAGUUAUAUAAUUUAAAUUGCCUAUUUAUUCAAAUAUAAUUAGAAGAUGUGUUAUAAGUCAGCGGUAUCCACAAUCACUUUAUGUAGCUUUAGUGAAAUCCGACUUGCUUUAUAUAUCCCAUCCCACGGGGGGGGGGGGGGGGGGGGAGCGUCCACCACCUGGCUUCCCCCGUUGAUCCUUUUUCCCCACAGAACUUGCCAACUCCCAUCCCACAAUGUAGAGCUACUUUUGGCCGGGUUCUGUGGUGUAAAUGGAGAGGAACCGGCAUAAGGAUCAACAGGUGGAAGCCAGGUGGUGGACGUUUUCCCCCGUGGGAUGGGAUUUGGGGUAAGUCGAAUGGUGUGGAGCAUGGGGCGAUGGGUUCCCCACGCCUGGCACCUCUAGAUUUGCCAUGAUUUGUGGCAAUUCCAGCAGCCAAUGUGAUAAGGUCAUUCGUCUCACCAGUUGGGUGGGAGGGCAGGGCAGAAGUGGAAUAACACUUUCAUGUUUUUUGGUGUGCAUUCCAGGCUCCUUCUACACAGCCAUAUACAAUCCAGAUUAUCUGAUUUGAACUGGAUUAUAUGGCAGUAUAGCCUCAUAUAAUCCAGGUCAAAGCAGAUAAUCUGGAUUAUAUAGUAGUGUAGAAGGGGCCCCAGAAGCAUCUAACUGGCUGUUAUGAGAAAUAGAAUAUGAGAUUAGGUGACCCCUUAGUAAAGUUCACCAGAAGUCUGUGUAUUAUUAUAACUUAUCCCAUGUUCUUCCCUUAAAACAUUCUGUGCUGUUCUGAUAAACUGAGCAUACUGAUGAACAUUAGAAUACCCUAGCUUGUUUUAAAGAUGUUGGUCUAGAAUCAUUCAUGGGUAAAGCUCCACAUGCAGAAUAUCCUUGAUUCAAUCCCUGGCUUCUCAAACCAGAAAGAAUCCUCUCUGCAAACCAGAGGCACCAUCAAUAAGUGCAGAGAGUACUGUGAUUGGACUCAUUGUGGACUUUCCAGCAAUACAUUGUUACAUGUGUAUUAAGUGUAUUCCUAAAAAUUCAGGCACAACAAUUCUGAGAAAUGUUUACCAUCCAUCUGAGCUUUAUGUUGCAUUUCUGUAUUUUGAUUAUUAAAUAUGUGCAUAAAUUACUCUGAUAA